CCAAACUGACCCUUUAUCCCAUUUGAAAAUGGAACAAAGGCGGUAUAGUAAAGAAUCACACGUUCAAUAAAUACAGGUUAAUGCCUUUGUGUGGCAAGCGUCGAGAAAAAGAUCAUUCCUAAAUUUUUUCAUCAAAGUCAACUUCAGGACCAGCUUUCGGCAAGAAGAGAUGGCAGCGACGGCGGCGGCGUCAACACCAAUUGCAGAAGAGGGACAAGUUAUCAGCUGCCAAGCCAAGGGUCACUUGACCAAUUACAUCGAGAAAGGCAAAGAGAGCAACAGACUGGUGGUGGUAGAUUUUACGGCAUCUUGGUGCCCGCCUUGUCGCUUCAUUGCCCCAAUACUAGCCGACUAUGCAAAGAAGCUGCCCCAUGUGAUAUUCCUCAAGGUGGAUGUGGAUGAAGUUGAGGAAGCUGCUAAAGAAUUCGAGGUUGAGGCCAUGCCAACUUUUGUUUUCCUCAAAGAUGGAAAGGUGGUGGAUAGGGUUGUGGGUGCUGAGAAAGUUAAGCUACAAAUUGCCUUAGAUAAGCACGCUGCACAAGCUUCUGCCUAGAGGGCCUAAUAUCAUAUAACUUUCUGUCCAAUUGAAGAACAAAAAAUGAACCCAUCGACUUUCUGCUCUGUUCUGUCUUAACGUUGUUUCAUCAAGUACUCCAUGAUAAUAAUGAUUACUACAACUGCUUUUCACAGUUAAGUUUUAAUGUUUUCAUGUUAUGUGGUUUCCCACAUUGCUGCAUCACUGUAUCAAGUCAUGCUAAGCUAGUAAGCUCUUGUUUUGAUGAUUUGGUUUUAAGAUGCAAUGGCUCUCAGUUUUACUUUUUCUUUAUGGUUCUACGGAUGUUUGCAUUAUUGUUGUUCGGUUGCUCAUAUAAUGAAAUAAGUCAAUGCCCAAUUUUACUAUCAAAAUCUGGGAAAAUAGGCUAAA